UGCAUAAUGACGUGUGUCUGCAUAUUAAUAAAAAAGCCCCUGCAGGCCAGACUCAAAUUAAAACUGUUCAUAAAAUAUCAUCAUAAUCAAAAUUAUUGUAAGCAUCUAUAAAUCAUAUUCUUCUAAAUUAAAAUGAAAAUUCUGUCAUUAUUUUCUCAUCCUCAUCAACACAAAAGAAGAUAUUUUGAUAAAUGAUGGUAAGCACACAGCUGAUUGUAAUAUUUGUUUUCCUUUUAAGUCAAUAUGUGCUUACUAUCGUUUAUCAAAAUAUCUUUUUUUGUGUUCAUCAGAAAAAUAAAACAACUUACACCGGUUUACAACAACAAAGGGAUGAGAAAAUGAUGACAGAAUUUCAUUUUUUGGUAAACUUUAUCACUUUAAUCUGCUGUUUGAACUCUUCAUGAAGCUGUUGAGAGCUGUUGGCACCUCCGGUUCUGAACCAACAUUUAUCAGUGUCUCUUACUUUCUAAGAGCAAAUGCCCUCACCCAGACUUACUUAACUAGAUAAAAAACAAAACAAAUAUACUGACAUUACAGCUGACGAUCAUGAAAUAUGUUAUAUUCUACAUUUACACACUGAUGAUGAAAUCACUUUUGACUGUUGUUAACAUCAUUAAAUACAAGGCAAUGAUCUUUAAAGCAUUUGAAGUACAUCAAAUAUGCCAAUGAAAGACACGCGUAACGUUAGCAAAUCUUGAGAAAAUCGCCAUUUCAUUCUUCUCUCGUGAUAUCGCUUUCAUUCUUCAGCGGAGUGACUCGUGCGCGCUCCCGCGGCGCGCGUGUCCUGAGCAUCACGCGAGAACAUCGCGGUGAAUUUUUAUCGCUGUAAAUCUCCUCACAUUUGUAAAAGCGACAUGUAAAAGAGCACGGAUUAAAGCAGCUGAAAGGGAGGAACCGCUGAUCUGUAGACGUGAGCGUUUUUCUGCUUUCACUGUGAGGAAAUCUGCUGUCUGUGUUAAGUCUAGGGCGUGUUUACAGUAGAACGACGUCAUAUGUAAAGGUCUUUCUCUGAUGCCAGGGCAUUUGUUUUCAAGAGUCAGCACAACAGAGUCAUGAUGCUCUCGCAGAAACGUGUUUUUACUGCAGAUGUUUACUGAGGCUCAGUUAUGACUGGACAGGGCGCAUGCGCUCCAGACGAGGGCUCUAUAAUAUGCAUUAAUGUCGGAGGCUUCAGGCGACGACUUCUAUCCACGCGUCUGUCUCGGUUUCCAGAGACGAGACUUGCCCGGCUACUGCACUGUCGGUCCAAAGAAUCCAUCCUCGAACUGUGUGAUGACUACGAUGACCUCGAGAAGGAGUUUUACUUUGACCGCAAUCCUGCGCUCUUUCCUUACGUUUUGCAUUUCUAUAACACGGGAAGACUGCACGUUAUGGGUGAACUCUGUAUUUUUUCCUUCAGUCAAGAAAUCGAGUACUGGGGAAUCAACGAGUUCUUCAUUGACUCUUGUUGCAGCAGCACCUACCAUUGCCGCAAGAUGGAACCAGAGGAGACGGACUGGGACGACAAGAGCGAAGACGGCAGCACGGCAUCGUCCUUCGACGAGAUCCUCGAGUUCUAUAACGAUGCCGGAAAGUUUGACAAGCAGCUUCUGGGUAGCGUCCGACGCAGAGUCUGGUUAAUGUUGGACAAUCCAGGGUAUUCCCUGCCUAGCCGGGUCAUCAGUGUUUUCUCUAUCCUGGUCGUGCUGAGUUCCAUAGCCACCAUGUGUAUGAACAGCAUGAGUGAGUUCACUUUCCUGGACAGCGACGGCAGACCCCGCGAGGAUCCGCGCUUCGAGGCCGUGGAGCAUUUUGGAAUCGCAUGGUUCACAUUUGAACUGGCGGCCAGAUUUGCUGUAGCACCAGACCUUCUUCACUUCUUUAGACACCCGCUGAACCUUAUCGACCUGGUGUCCAUCUUACCUUUCUAUCUCACUUUGAUCAUUAACCUGGUUGCGGAGAGCAGCCCGGCGCUAGUCAACCUGGGUCGAAUGGCACAGGUUCUGCGGCUGAUGAGGGUCUUCCGCAUCCUAAAACUGGCCCGUCACUCCACCGGCCUGCGCUCUCUCGGCGCCACGCUCAAAAACAGCUAUAGGGAAAUCGGGCUGCUGCUGCUGUACUUGGCCGUCGGUGUGUCGUUUUUCUCCGUCAUGGCGUACACGGCGGAGAAGGAAGACAACGAAGGCUUGAGCACCAUUCCGGCCAGCUGGUGGUGGGCUACGGUGAGCAUGACCACCGUGGGCUACGGGGACGUGGUUCCUGCUUCGGUCGCAGGAAAAUUGAUGGCCUCAGCUUGCAUCCUGGCAGGAAUACUAGUUGUCGUGCUUCCAAUCACUUUGAUAUUUAAUAAGUUUUCUCUGUUUUAUAAGAGACAGAAACAGCUGGAGGCCAUCAUGAGGAGCUGUGACUUCGACGCGGGAAUUAAAGAGGUUCCUUCCGCCAAUCUGAGGAAUUAUUACGCUCGUAAAGUGAAAACGCUCAUGGCCAGUCUGUCCAACAUGAGUCGCAGUUCAGCCAGCGAUCACAGUUUAACCGAGUCUUUGCAUUAGACUAGAAAUGAGUUGUGACUUGAUAGUGCGAUUGUUUUUUCCAGGAUGUCAAACAUAAGGCUGCUCCUCAGCUAGAUUAAUAAUGUGUCUCGCUGUAAGGGCUGCGUAAUGUUAUGUUGGCUGUCUGUGAUGUUUCUGGGUUCAGAGCUGCAUGUCACUCUAUAUGAAGCUUUGACAAUGUUUCUGUCACACACCAAACACAUGCAGUAGUCCAGGGUUCCCCAAAUUUUACCCUGGAGGGCCGGAGCACUGCAGAGUUUAGCUCCAAUCCUAAUCAAACUUACCCACCUGUGAUUGUCUAGAGAUCAUGAAGACCUUGAUUAGCGUGCUCAGGUGUGUUUGAUCAGGGUUGAAGGGGUUGAAGCUAAACUCUGCAGUGCUCGGCCCUCCAGGGUAAGAUUUGGAGAACCCUGCAGUAGUCCCUAGGUUCAAUCUUUACCAUUGAACUUGAAGCAUUUCCAACAAAUUGUUUUCAAUUCUGUUCCAAAUUUUCCUGUUUUGAACACAUUUUUAUCUUUAAGGUUCCUAAAGGUUCUGCAUUCUUUGCUUCAAUAUAUAUUAUGCAUUAAUCUUCAAUAAAUCAACGAGAUUUUUUUUAUACUGAGCUUUAUUCAUGCAUUUAUGACCUAACAAAUUGACUCUUGUAACUCAUUGCUGGGUGGGUGUCCUGCAAGUUAAGUAAAUAAGCUUCAGCUGGUUCAAAACACAGCAGCUUGAGUGUUUACUAGAUCAAAGAAUACGAUCAUGUAAGCCCAAUUUUGCACUGGAUCCCUAUUAAAGUCGCCAUGAAACGGAAGUAUCAAUUGCCAAAUUUUCCCCGUGGUGACGUGUAUCCGAGUAAAACCGGCCUCUGAAAUGAAAUAAGGCAGGGCUGGAUUUGAAUUUGUCUAUCGAGAUCUGAUUGGAUCAUUUGAAGUUGGGUCGUGUUGCUAAUUGCCAAUCGCAGCGAUAUUCUCCCGGACCCCUCCCACCUGAAAU